AUGGGUCUUGAAGCGAAUCCAUGGGCACCAUUCAGCAAUGAGGAAGAAUGGGGCCUUGCAGAGUGGCUUGCGAAGAGAGUUAACCAAACAGCAACUGACAAAUUCCUGAAACUUGCCAUUACCAAAAAUCGCACUCGGCCCAGCUAUACAAGUAACUAUACAUUCCGAAAGAAGCUUGACAAGCUUCCAAAAGGGCCUGGUUGGAUGUGCAAUAUUGUGACAUUGACUGGAGAUCGAGUGGAUGGGAAUCAGGAGUUCCUCACCAAACAACACAAACUAUGGUGUUGUGAUCCUGUAGAGUGUGUGCGUGAGCUGAUGGGUAAUCCCACAUUCAAGGAUUACCUUGCAUACCUGCCCAAGAAAGUCUACAUGGAUCCUGAAGGGAAGACAUGGGUGUAUGAUGAGAUGUGGACAGGUGACUGGUGGUGGAACAUGCAGGAACACCUUCCAUCUGGCGCUGUGGUGGCGCCUGUGAUCCUCACCUCUGAUAAGACAAAUCUUACCCGUUUUCAUGGAGAUAAAGCUGCCUGGCCAAUCUAUCUGACUAUUGGUAAUAUCAAGAAGCAUAUCCGCCGUCAGCCUUCUAAGCAUGCGACAGUGCUGAUAGGAUACCUACCAAUCUCGAAGAUGCUGCAUUUUAAGGAUGAUGAAGGACGGCAACUUGUGAUGGAACCACUCCUUGAUGCGGGUCAUCGUGGCAUCAAGAUGAUCUGCGCUGAUAGGAACAUCUGUCACAUUUUUCCGAUCCUUGUGGCAUAUAUUGCAGAUCACCCCGAGCAGUGCCUUAUUGCAUGUUGCAAAGAAAACCACUGCCCUCGUUGUGUUGUGGGAACAAAACAACGAGGAGACCACAUUGACUCACCUCUCCGCAAUGUCACUGAGACCAGAGCAACUCUCAAACGACAUCAAAAUGAUCACGGUCUGCGGGCGAUUCAUUAUCCAUUCUGGGCAUAUCUCCCCUACACCGAUAUUUUCACAUGCAUCACUCCUGAUAUUCUCCACCAGCUCCAUAAGGGAGUCUUCAAGGACCACAUCGUUAGUUGGUGUGCUACCAUCAUCUCUGAUGCCGAGUUUGAUGCACGAUUUCAAGCCAUGUCUGAAUUUCAUGGUCUUCGUCAUUUCAAAUGUGGCAUCUCAAAUGUCUCACAGUGGACUUGCACUGAGCAUAAAGAGAUGCAGCACGUUGUUUUGGGUGUCAUUGCGGGUGCUGUUGAACCUCAUGUGUUCCAGGCUGCACGUGCUAUUCUCGACUUUAUUUAUUAUGCUCAAUACCACGCUCACAUGGACACAACACUCACGCGAAUGCAGGAAGCACUUGAUUUUCAUGCGAACAAGACCGUCUUCAUUGAGCUCAGCCUUUGCAAGCACUUCAACAUACCAAAGGUUCAUUCAAUGUGCUACUAUGUGCAUGCUGACGGUUUCAACUUGGAGAGCCCUGAAUGCUUGCACAUUGACUAUGCGAAGGAUGCUUACCAGGCGAGCAGCAAGGUUGAUUAUAUUGCACAGAUGACACACUGGCUCGAACUUCAAGAAGCUGUCCAAAAACCUCUUGCUGACUAUGACUUAGACACACUUGAGGAUGAGGAGGAUGAGGACAAGGAACAGGAGUUUGCAGAUUCAGAUAGUGUGAUGCACUGUCACACUCUGGAUGUAUUGCCAUCCCAGUACCGUGCCGGCUCAAGAGGCAGAGGGGUCGGGGCUUGGCUUCAGCUCUUGCACUGCGCCCUUAGCCAAGUACAUGCCCCGAAUUUGGAGCGGGUCCAACCUUUCGGUGCCAUCAACUUCAUACCUGCCCUGCAAACAUUCCUCACUCACCACUUUCCUCAUUCAUCCAUCUCUCCCAGCCAGUAUGAUCGGUUUGAUGUGUUUAAAUCUGUUCUACUUCUUCUCCCUUGGCGAAAUCACAUCAGCGAUGUCAAGCGGCUGAAUAGGAUUCGAGCUCAUCCUGCUAUCCCCAAUCGCAACCGUCACAAGCCGCUGUCACCAUCACAUUUUGAUGUUGCAUUCAUCAUUGAAGACCGCCAGUUAUGGGAGAGCGGUACAGGUUUGAUGGUAUGGGAUAUGACACUCACACAAAUACAUGCAAUAUUUAAAUUACCAUCUCACUACGGCAAAUUUCCUCAUCCCCUGGCUUAUCCAGAACCCAUGACCAACCUCUAUCGACUUGCACAGUCAACUCAUAACCAACGGUGUUUUGCAGCAGUCGUCAGUAUUCAAGACCUUCUGCAAGGAGGUCAUCUAAUUCCCAGGUUCAGAUCGGGCAAAGUAGACGUGUCGUGGAUCAAUGGUGAUGUUCUUGAGCUCGCUGAUGAGUUUUAUGUCAAUCCUUACAUUAAUUUUCACUUGUUUGACACUAUGGAGCGCUUAUAG